AUGAAAUACGUUCGUUUCUUCCUUCUCUCUCUUGUCUGGCUCUGGGGCGCUGCCCUAGGCCUGAAGGAAUCUCAACCCGCCGAGACACUCUACUUUUACGAAGCCUACCUGGUGGAAUUCCAGACGAAGGAACCCGAAGACCGCAUCAUUGCCAAGAGGUGCACGGAUGAACCAAAGCCCUGCAGCUUCACGAAAUUCGUAGAGCAUAUUGUGGGCGAGGAGAGCUUUUUCGCCCUGACGGAUGACCAGAUGAGAAUCAUCGCGGAGGCCGAUGGAACCGACGUCACUACAACCUCCCGAAGACUGAGGGAGACGGGCUUCAAGGUGGAUUACGAUCUCCCCGCUCUUAUCGAGGGCAUCGUGCCCGAGGACGAGACACCCGGGGGAAAAACACCGGGCGACGAGACGCCCGGCGACGAGACCGGGAACAAGAAGCCUGGGGAUAAGAAGCCCGGCGACCAGAAGCCUAAGCCAAAGUUCAGUAACGUGUUCAAAAAGAUCAACGAGGCGAUCGGGCCUCACCUGAACACGGGCGAUUUCGCGGCGGAGAAGAGAAGGAUGGCAGAUGCGCUCAAGCUCAUCGUGGAGCAUCGCGUCGCGGACAAUAUGAAAUUCUUCCUCCGGAAUCUCAAGUCAAAACUAAGCGGGGUGAAGCUGGUGAUUACCUCGCGGACGACCUCGGAUGGCUUUGUAUACAAGGCUUACGACACAAAAGAGACAGCCCAAAAAAUGAGAGACGAGGCGAACAAACUCAAUGAUGGGAUGCAGAAGACGACCGCACUCCGAAGAGCCAACGGCCUCUCGGAAGAGAUAAAGAAGGCUAUUGAGGCACUGCGCGAUGCAAAUUUCGAAACCAAGGAUGGCGGUUUCAAGGGCCAUCAAGCGGUGAUUACGGAAGCUAAAAAGACACAGAAAUUGUUGCAGAAGCCGGGCCAAUGCUAG